AUGAACCGCUUUCUCCUUCUUUUAUUUUUCCUUCCCGGAGGAAUAUGGUGUGACCAUCCUUUGAGUUCGGAAGAGAAACAGUACUGGAAGGCUAAUUGCGGAACCAAACCAUACCAUCCGAAAAGUCGUAGUAUUGCCGGAGGACAACCAAUUGAUGGCAAUGCAGCUCCAUGGGCGGUUCGUGUAGAUUCAACGGGAUCGUGUUCUGGGACAAUCAUCUCAUCAAGGCACAUUCUCACCGCUUCUCACUGUUUCAUGGAAGAUGCAUCGAAGUUGACUCCCAUAUUGCAGCAAGCGAAUCAGACGUGCUCUGGUUUGGAUUGGGUUUUAUAUCCGGGCAGCAGUUGGUUCAGUAUCACAGACUCGUAUGGAAGACUUCUGUCAAACAGAGUUUCUCGGGUCAUCAUGAUGAAUUAUUGCUUCCAACCGGCAAGCUUCCGAAACGAUGACAUCAUGAUCUUAGAGCUCAGUGAAAACAUCCAAUUCGAUGAUUACGCCUAUCCUGCUUGUGUUUCAAGCUGGAACUGGUUUAACACGGACGGUCAAGGAACUUCCCGGCUGAGAAACGGCGUUUUCCAGAUUACUGAUUACGACAAUCAAGGACGUUUUAUUGGGCUCAACGGACAACCUUGGGGAGUCAAUACACGACCGGGCGAUAGCGGAGGAAGUUUGAUCCAUUAUGACAAUGGUCGAUAUUACGUAAUCGGAGUGAGCAGUACAGGCUCCUACACAGGAUUCAGGGCCAGAGCUUCCUCAGUUUACGCACAUUUCGGCCAAAUCUGCUCGUACACCGGAGUUUGUUGA